CAUCGAGGGGCAGGUAGUAAUUCUUCCUUAGUCGUCUCAGUUUUGAGGUUCCUGCAGAGGCUCUGUCUGCUAUCGCCCACUAUUUGCAGCGUAUGAGUUGCUCUUUGCGAGAUGAGGUGACAAGGCUCCGCACGUGACUUGAACUUCACCUCCAAAGCGGAGCUGUGCUUCGCGAUUCAUCGGCACCUCACACGUCCAAAAACACCAACCAUGAACGAACGAUGACCACCACCGCGCCCUCUCACCCCGACAGCGCAGCGGAGAGCGCGCCAGCCUCCUCAUACGCCUCCUACGUCCCGCACGACCUGAAGUACAGCGCGGAGUUCGAGGACGCCCUCAUCGCCGCCGUGCUAGACUCCACCGAACCACCCACCACAGCAGCCAACAUCCGCGUAACCCCAAAUCCCGAACUCGACUCCAACGUAUCCCUCCCCUCUAUCCCGGAAUCAGACCUUCCCCUCCCCCUCUCCGACCCGCGGCGCACGCACCCUUCCUUCCUCCCCGGCGUCUCCCUCACCCACCCCGCAGGCUACUACGAAGGCGGGCCAGGCCUCGAUCCCGACCUCGACACCUUCCCCGAAGACUUCUUCACGCGGCAUUCGAGUCUACAGACUACGGCGCAAUUGCAACGGGCACUGCAGAAAGAGGUAGGGGAGAAUCUGGAAUUGCUGAGGGAGAGAUUGGGGGCGCGGAGGCGUGCGCGCGAAAAGAAUGAGGGCUUGGAGAGGGAGUUGAAGAGUUUGAGAGAUCAGCAUCAUAUGGAGCUGAGGAUUCAUCAUCGCAUGCGGGAGGAGAAGGCGAUGAAGAAGGAGGCGAGGGAGAGCAGGAGGAAGGGUAAGGCGGGAUGAGGAGAUGUCCACUGGGGAUAGGUUUUGGACGACUACACGGCACCGCAUGGCUGCUCGAUGUGCCAGAUAUAACGCCCUCCUGCGACUGAGCGUGGAUGGUGGUAACGGCACCGA